AUGACGAAGAAUGGUCUUGACUUCAAUUGUGCGCUCAUCACCGGUGGCGGUGGUGGCAUCGGCCGGGCCAUGGCCGAGUAUCUCCUAUCCAAAGGCAAAAAGGUCAUCAUCUGCGGGCGGACAGAGGCGAACCUGAUCACGACGCACAAGGAGAUCAAGUGCGCAGGAUACUACGUGCUCGACACGGGCAACACCACCGCGAUACCAGACUUCAUCGCCAAGGUCACCACGGAGCACCCAGACCUCGACUGCCUCGUCAACAACGCUGGCGUCCAGCGGCCGCUCCAGGUGCUCAAGAACGACCCGGCCGAGCUCCUCGCCAAGGCCGACCAGGAGAUCGACAUCAACAUCCGCGGGCCGAUGCACCUCGCGGUGGGGCUCCUCUCGCACCUCCAGACGAAGCCUGCAGCGGUGAUCAUCAACGUCUCGAGUGUGCUGGGCUUUGUCCCCUUCUCCAUCAUCAACCCUGUCUACAACGGCACCAAGGCCUGGCUGCACUUCUGGAGCAUGGCGCUGCGCGUGCAGCUCAAGGACACCAAUGUCAAGGUCGUCGAGAUCGCACCGCCAAUGGUUGCCACCGAUCUUCACCGCGAGCGGGAGGACCCUGAUGACAACAAGAAACAUAAAGCUCCUAUGACGAUGGAGGUGGAUGAGUUUAUGAAGGAGGUGGCGGAGAAGCUGGAACGGGGUGACGAGACGUUCGCGGCUGGUAUGGGGCAGGAUAUGGUUGACCAGUGGUUUGGCACUUUUGGAGAGAGGUUUGAUCAAGCGGCAAAAGGGUGGAAAUGAACCGUAUGUGU